GAAGGACGGGCCGAUGGCCCAGUUUAUAGGUGAACUGCAGCACCGCUGGUUUGCGUUGCUGGCUGGCAUCGUUAUCGGCAUCGGGUUGGCUGCGGCCGUAACCGAGGAGCUUUCACCAGAUCAUGUCCGGGAGUUUCAGUGCGGGAAGUUCUACUACAGAAAUUUUUACCUGGACGAGGAACGGGACGCUCUCUACGUGGGUGCAAUGGAUCGUGUGUUUAAGCUGAACUUGAAAAAUGUCAGCAUGACAUCAUGUGAGCGUGACACUAUCGUGCUGGAUCCGACCAGCUCGGACAUACGGAACUGUGUCUCCAAAGGCAAAAGCGAGAUGUUUGAUUGCAAGAACCAUAUCCGAGUUAUACAGCCCAUGGACAGUGGUAACCGGUUGUACAUCUGUGGCACGAAUGCACACAACCCGAAGGAUCUGGUGAUCUAUUCAAAUUUAACGCAUCUGCCGCGUUCGGAGUAUGUGCCAGGGAUUGGAUUGGGAAUUGCCAAAUGUCCCUACGAUCCGUAUGAUAAUUCGACAGCCAUCUACGUGGAACAAGGCAAUCCGGGCGAUUUGCCCGCAUUGUACUCCGGCACGAACGCCGAAUUCACCAAGGCCGACACGGUGAUAUUCCGCACCGAUCUGUACAACAUGACAACUGGCAAGAAGGUGUUUAACUUCAAGCGUACCCUGAAAUACGACUCCAAGUGGCUUGAUAAGCCCAACUUUGUCGGUUCGUUCGACAUCGGUGAGCACGUGUACUUCUUCUUCCGGGAGACGGCGGUCGAGUACAUCAACUGCGGCAAGGCGGUCUACUCGCGUGUGGCACGCGUCUGCAAGAAGGACACCGGUGGCAAGAACAUCCUCAACCAGAACUGGGCUACGUACUUGAAGGCGCGCAUCAACUGUAGCAUCUCCGGCGAGUUUCCGUUCUACUUCAACGAGAUCCAGGACGUGUACCAGCUGCCCACGGACAAGACCAAGUUCUACGCCACCUUCACGACCAGCACGAACGGUUUGGUCGGGUCGGCCGUCUGUAGCUUUGACAUCAAUGAAAUACAUGGCGCGUUCGCUGGAAAAUUCAAGGAGCAGGCCUCAUCCAACUCGGCCUGGCUGCCGGUACUGAACUCGAAGAUUCCCGAACCGCGGCCGGGCACCUGCGUCAACGAUACGUCCACCCUGCCCGACUCGGUGCUCAACUUCAUCCGGUCCCACCCGCUGAUGGACAAAGCGGUCAACCACGAGCACAACAAUCCGGUCUACUACAAGCGCGAUCUCGUCUUCACCAAGCUGGUCGUGGACAAGAUUAAAAUUGAGAUCCUUAGCCAAGAGUACACGGUGUUCUACAUUGGCACGAAUGCGGGCCGUAUCUACAAGAUCGUGCAGUACCUACGCAACGGUGAAUCGAAAUCGAAGCUGUUGGACAUUUUCGAAAUUGCACAGAACGAAGCGAUACAGGUGAUGGAACUGAGCCAGAAGCGCAAAUCCCUGUACGUCGCCACCGACUACCGGAUCAAGCAGAUCGAUCUGGCCAUGUGCAACCGGCGGUACGACAACUGCUUCCGGUGUGUGAAGGAUCCGUACUGCGGCUGGGAUAAGGAUACGAGCACGUGCAAACCGUACGAACCGGGACUGCUGCAGGAUGUGGGUAAUGAAACGUACGACAUCUGCGACACGAGUGUGCUGAAGAAGAAAAUCAUCGUUACCUAUGGUCAGAGCGUCCAUCUCGGUUGCUUCGUCAAGAUCCCGGAGAUACUGAAGGACCAAACCGUUACGUGGUAUCACCACUCGAAGGAGAAGGGACGGUACGAGAUUAAGUACAACCCGACCAAGUACAUCGAGACGACCGAACGAGGUCUGGUGAUAAUUUCGGUUAACGAAGCCGACGGUGGACGGUACGAUUGCCAUCUGGGUGGAUCGCUGCUAUGCAGCUACAACAUCACCGUCGAUGCGCAUCGAUGCACACCACCGAAUAAAACGAACGAUUAUCAGAAAAUCUACUCGGACUGGUGUCACGAGUUCGAGAAGUACAAAUCGGCCAUGAAAACUUGGGAGAAAAAGCAAGCACAAUGUUCUCGACAGAACUACAGCAAUCAACAUCCCAACGACGUUUUUGCACGAACGCCUAACGUCUGAUCUUAAGGCGUCUCAGGCAUGUAAAAAGAGAGCUGCGAAGCACAUGAAUGUCGUUGAACAACCAAGAUAAUACUCUUUGUACGCGCUUGCCAAGAGCGCACCAAAACCACACCAGAAGAACUGAUCUAGUAGUGUAAAGUAUUAAAAUGGAGAAAUGAUAAUGUUUUUUUAAGGCAUGCACUAUACCGACGGCACCGACUCAUGCAAAUAAGCAAACCCGUAAACAUGCAGUAAAACAAUAACUAAAGCAAAAUCAACAAAAUUUAAGAACAAACCGGCGCGCGACCGGCGGAAUCAGCACCAGAUCCGCCAGUGCGACGUACGGUGCAAAAUUCGGCCCCCCGGGCCCGGUAGGUGUGUUUUUUUGGGAGAUGGAAUAUCAUACUAAACCUUUUAUUAUUCAUUUUUUUUUAUUUUCGACGGACAAACUAAUAACUAAUCGAAUAGCGGAAGCUUAUUUUUAUAUAAUUGUUGGACAUAAGUUUAGUUUCUAAGUUAGUAGUGAACACAAUGAACUCUCUGUAGCGCUUAGAAUGGAUUAGAGAAAAGAGUUAGCAGUGGUGUGCUUGUGUGGAAGGAGAAGUGCAAGGAGGAAAGCAAAGAGAAACGAAAAACCGUGAUGAUGAAGUUAAUGUGAAUGCUUGUGGAAAGGAAAAUAAGUAUCCAUGUACCGAGAGACUGUGUAUCUGCUGGUACGCAAUUUUUACCGCAUGUACCACUACAGAAAUCAGAAAUGUGUAUAAGAAAACACACAAACAAAAAACCAUACAACACACAUUCAAAACACUUAACGAGUGGCGAGUUCAACACACGGAUGGAAGCGGUGUUGGCGAGCGUUUUAGGUUAAUGGUUUUACUUUGAUCGAAUAGCGUCCAGGUUAAAUGAUCUAUGCGUGGGUGUCGUUAUGGACCGUGGUUUCCGCUCAAAAUGUCGUUCAAUCCUCAAGCAAUAUUCUAGUGAAGAUGAUGAUGGAUUUAAUGUUUCGGAACACUAGACAUUAAUCGAUCUGUUUUACUUAAAAACAAACCAUGGCAAGCUUGUUUAAUUUUGUACAGUGUACGGUAUGUUUCGGUUUUCGUGAAUACCCUUUUUCGAGAUCUAUGUACUGUCCGGGUUUGGUCUCAACACCCGAGACACAACCGAGCAGUUCAGCAUCGUAGAUCGUAUACAAGCAAUAAGUAUAACCGCAGUUCGCAGAAAAAUUGGCGCACAGCAUCAUCAACCCAUCACUCGCUAGCCAUUAUUCAUUUCAUCAAUGAAUGGAGAAGGCCAGAGCCGUGUGGUGUAAGAUAAACACUUAAAAUGUUACAUUUGCCAUUCAUCUGCCAUUCUGCAGUAUUAUCGAUGUGUUGUGUAGAGAAGCCGCUUUUUGCUGACCCAACAACCCAACUACCACCUACUUCCUUUUCCGCCCUUUUUUUAACUGUGCGAACGGUUGGCGUUAAGUGAACUUUAUUUCAAACCUAGCACGUAAGAAAUGGCUAUGACACAGUAAAGGGGAAACGCUUGGCAGAUGGUUGUAAUCAACUGUUUCCCUUUUUCGGUCACACGCGCAGUUACGUUGUGCUUGUGGUGUUAUCGGUCCUCCCAUUGAAUAAAUUACGUCGAGCUUCUCUAACUAACUAACACAACAUAACAUUAACAAAACGCGAUAAAGAAGAAUACACAAACGACAGAAGGAAAAAAUGAAAACAAGUUAUCGAACAUGGUAAAAGAUAAGUGCGUUCGAUACCAUCCACCCCAAUCAUAGCAUAUCGCGUAGCUGCUAGAAAUGAAAGUUGGUAAUUAAUUGAAAAGAAAACCCCAUUUAAACAGAUUGUAAGAAACAAAAGCAUUUGCACAUACAAGGUGCCGAACGAUGGCUCUUUCCAUCCUUCAAUGGUAUCCUUUGAAUUUCAUUUCUAUCGCACAUUUGACACAACAAUAAUUUUCUAUUUAAAUUUGUUUAUCCAUUUGUCUGUCCAUUUUUAUUGCAUUUUUGUGCUUUUCCUAAACAAACAUCAUCCAGACACGAGUUUGCGAAGAAAGUUGAGGAAUGUUCUGUUUCUCAGUUUAUGGAGAACUGUGAUAGUAAAGGAGGAGGUGUUCAUCUUUCCCUAGCCCCCCUGCUCUUUGUUUCGAUGGGCCCCCAUUUUAGCAACCUGCCUCACAUUUUCACGUACAACGAGUAGUAAAAUUGAGCGAAGUAAUUAUCAUAAAUACAACAAAGCAAAACAAUUAUCACCACACAAAACCAGUGAAACACACGCGCACGUGACAAACAUUUUAUACGCAAGCUUAUGUAUCGAAUCUCCGAAUCGCUUUGUACGUACGCGUGUGGGAUAAAGCCAUUAAAGCUAACCGAAAAUCUAUCAUCAACUCUACUUCCUUCCCUAGCGCAAUCAGCUCCAACUCCAACUUCACAUGGAAUGUUCAUUUUCUUGCUCCCUCCCCUAGCCUAGCGUGUACUAAACUAAACGAACUAACAAACAAAUCUAAACACAAACACAGUUAAUAUACUAUCGCUUAACGUAACACAAUCUAGCGACAACACAACAAGCGGCUAACUAAACGGAGAAGAACAUAAAACAGUCCAUUUGCAGGCAAAACAAGUGUAAAAAUAGCAAUCAGCAAUAAGCAAGCUUACGGAAGCGAUUCUGUCCAAUUUAUAUACAUACACAGUAUAGCCCAGGUUAGUGGCUGGCGCUUCAUUACUGUUGGUCACAUACCAAGCAGCAAAGCCAGACAGCUAACGAACAGAAAACAGGCUAGAACGGGGGAAAAUACACUUAAACUACUAAUCGUAAGUGAUUGAAACAGCACACAAACAGCAAAACAAGUUAAAACAGCGCAGGUGUACAAGUAAAAAACUGAGCAAAGCCACAUAAGUUAAACCGAGAACAGUUUUAGCCGAAGGUGGAGCCGAAAAAGAAAAUGAACAAAACAACGCGAAAACAAAAUUCCGAUUUUAAAAUGGUGAAUGGUAACAAUUAAAGUGCAAGUGGUUUCGUUUUAUGUUAGCAUACCAAAACACGUUCUGUUUUAUCGAAAUCUUUGUAAAAAGUGGCAAGCCUUCAGAGGAACCCUUGGAAAGAAGGACACGAAGGAUCCGACAAGAUAAUUCUGUGACACGCUAUAUAGUUGUAAUAUAAAAACAAAACUCUUUCAUUAGCGAGACCACCUAUAGCUGUGCGCUGUGUGUGCGUGUACUACGUUGAAUGGAAGUGUAGAGCGGAAAAUUGCAAUAAGGUGAAGAUGAAGCAACAUACUUGAACUGAUUUGGUGCUGCAAUUUGAAGAAAUGGGGACAGCUAUUUAGCAAAAAGCAGAAAACGUUCAUUCACAUUACUAGCACACACACACAUACAUAUAUAUGCAACCGGAAGUACGAAAACAAAUAACAAUCAUGUGAAAGAGAAAGAGAGAAGGAGAGAAUAGAAACAGGAAACAAUGCAACACACAUAUAACAAAGAGAAACAAGAAGAAGUAAUACGUGGAAUUAAUGAAGCGAGUAUGGAAGAGUCACCGUGGAGGGCAUAAAUAAUGGUAGAAAAUUGUAUAAACAGAUGUGUUUGCAAAGACUAGAACAGAAGUGUAGUAAUGAGCAAAACAAAGCAGUAAGCAACAGACCACUACCAGCAAUGAAUCCAUCUUGCCGGCAAGCAAAAGCGAUAUCAAUUUCAAGGAAAUGAGUGGAUUCCAAUGAUUUUUGGUUUGAUCAAUUCAUUUUCAUCCAAUACUUGACUUCUCUAACGCGGUUUUGUGCAUUCGGACGUGUGUGACAACGAGAGAAGAAGGUUCAUUUUAAUUAAUGCACCUGGACCUGGAAAUCAAUAUUAAAUGUUUUUACAGGUCAACAGGCUCAACAAUAAUGCCGAUGCUAGAUGGCUGCGAUUGGAGUAAAGCAGAAAGCACACACACGCAACAAAACAAAAAGAAACAGAAUCAGACUUCCGAUCCAAUUUAAAGUUAGCAAUAGAAUUUGUAGAUGUGGAUGGUAGACAGGCCAGCAGGUCACGACACGACGACACACGGAGUACAUGCAAAACCCAUGAGUGAAACAGAUCGGAUCCGGUUACAUGGUCGAUGCUUCAUUUACAAAACACGUAAAACAGCAGCAGAAGGAAUAGAAUGUACAGUUCCAUUAGUUUCCAAGUGAAUAAUGUGCAGAUUGCACAAUCUGCUGUGUGGAAGAUCAAACAUUUACCAUCCCAUCACGAUCACCGUCACUGAAUUGGAUGGAUUGUUCCAUCUGGUUGUGUAGAAUGAAGAAAACCAUGUCAAAAUCGUGGAUCAUAUCUCCUUUGGAACUUUACGUUUAUAAUGCUAAACGAUACACAACAGAAAGGAACACACGUGCAUAUUAAACACUUCCUUUUUCCCCGCUCCUUAAAAUAUCAUCCCAGUAUGUGAGCCGCCUCUGUGCAUGCAUGGAUACGUUGGAACAUUUAAGAGAAAACAAUAAUUCCAAUCCCAACAAAUCACGGAAACAAAUUAACAGACACACACACGCGCGCGCGUUAACGCAAAAAGGAUGUUUUUUUGCGAAAACAUUAGUAAAUAAACAAUUGAUAA